UUUUAUUCUCUGGUUAUAAAAUAGUAUUCAUUCGCAUUUUCUCUCCGUCCAUACAAUUCAAUUCCAUUUCACAAUGGGUUCUACGUCGACUGUCGCUGAUACCCGCUUCACGCUUAACACUGGAGCGGAAAUCCCCGCGCUUGGUCUGGGGACAUGGCAAUCAGGCCCCGGGCAGGUCGAGAAAGCUGUGGAGCAUGCCAUUGCGGUGGGAUACAGACAUAUUGAUACUGCGUUUGCGUACAACAAUGAGGGGGAGGUCGGAAAGGGUAUCAAUGCGGCCAUUGCGUCGGGGAUAGUCAAGCGAGAGGAUCUGUUCGUCACCACCAAGCUCUGGAGUACAUGGCACUCUCGGGUGGAGGAGGCGCUGGACCAGAGCUUGAAGAACCUGGGGCUGGACUAUGUCGAUCUCUAUCUGGUGCAUUGGCCUGUAGCUAUGAACCCCAACGGCAACCACCCCAAUGUCCCCACGCUCCCCGACGGCUCCCGCGACCUUCACCUGGACCACUCUCACAUCACCACAUGGAAGAGCAUGGAGAAGCUUGUCGGAAGCGGCAAAGCCAAGGCAAUCGGUGUCUGCAACUAUAGCAGACCGUUUCUCGAGCAGCUGCUCGCCGAAGCCACCGUGGUUCCGGCCGUCAACCAGAUCGAGAACCACCCGAGCCUCCCCCAGCAGGAGGCUGUCGAUUUCUGCAACGAGAAGGGCAUCCAUAUCACCGCUUACAGUCCGCUUGGGAGCACGGGUAGUCCGCUGUUGACGGCAGCGCCAAUCGUGGAGGUUGCGAAGAACAAGGGCGUUGAUCCCGCCACGGUUCUUCUGAGCUGGCACAUCAGCCGUGGCUCUUCUGUCCUCGCCAAGUCCGUGACGCCUUCCCGGAUCGAAAGCAACCGCAACUUGGUUGCCCUGGAUGAGUCUGAUAUGGCUGUUAUUGCCAAGUAUACCAAUGAUCUGGCGGAGAAGAAUGCCUUCCAGCGUUUUGUCUUUCCGCCAUUUAAAAUGGACUUUGGGUUCCCGGAUAAGAUUGGUCGUGUAUAAGGGGAGGAUGAGUGCUUGGUGAUCGAUAAGUUGGGCAUAUAGAAGGAAGAAAGGACGAGAGAAGAUGGAUCUCAAGAACUAAACCAGUCAUAUUUCGCAUUGUCAACUGUACAUACACAAGUGACUUCCCCUGAGCAUAGAUCAAACGACCCCAUUCAAGAUCCAGUCG